AUGGAUGAGAAAAAUUUCACCAGAGUGAAAGAGUUUAUACUUCUAGGGUUCACAGCAGACUUGUGGUUACAGAGAGUACUCUUUGUCAUUUUCCUCACCAUCUAUGUCAUCAGUCUGUCCGGGAACAUCACCCUGAUUUCUCUGAUCGGUGCUGAUUCUCAACUCCACACACCCAUGUAUUUCUUCAUUGGAAAUCUUUCCUUCCUGGAUCUCUGGUACUCUUCUGUCUAUGCCCCCCAAAUCCUCAUGACCUGCGCUGCGGAAGACAAAAGCAUCUCCUUUGCUGGCUGCCUUGCUCAGUUCUUCUUCUCGGCUGGGCUGGCAUACAGUGAGUGUUACCUGUUGGCUGCCAUGGCUUACGACCGCUACACGGCCAUCUCCAAUCCUCUGCUUUAUUUCCAGGCAAUGUCUUCGAGGUUAUGUACUGGUCUUGUUGCAGUUUCAUACUUUGGUGGCUUUCUUAACUCAACCCUCAUUACCAGUGAGACAUUUACCCUGAGCUUCUGUGGGAACAAUGUCAUUGACGAUUACUUUUGUGAUCUACCUCCCCUUGUAAAGCUGGCCUGUGACGUGAAGGAGAGCUACCAGGCUGUGCUCUAUUUCAUACUGGCCUCCAAUGUCAUUACUCCCACUGUGCUCAUCCUUGCCUCUUACCUCUUCAUUGCUGCUGCCAUCUCAAAGAUGCGCUCCACCCAAGGCCGCCUCAAGGCCGUCUCCACUUGUGGCUCUCACCUGACGGCUGUCACUUUGUACUACGGCUCUAUUCUCUUCGUUUACUCCCGACCAAGUACCAGCUAUGCUCUAGAAAGGGAUAAAGUGGUUUCAGUCUUCUAUACUGUGGUCAUACCAAUGUUGAAUCCCUUGAUUUAUAGCUUAAGAAAUAAAGAUGUUAAAGAUGCCCUGAAGAAAAUGUUAGAUAGGGCAACAUUUUCUUAA